AUUUGUGGUAGGUCCUGUCAUGCCAUGAGGCCAGGCCCAGAUAUAGAUACGAAACGAAGGUGAAGCAAAAUUCGCGCGUGCUAUUAUUCAACGCAUGCGCAAUAUGUGGAAUGACAUUAUCGUCGUUGCCAUUUUGUAGCCAUUUUGGAAAAUUGCUUCCGUGCAGUUUCUACAUUUCAUGCUGAGUAUCUCACGAUUUCUCUGAGUUCUUCCAGUGGUCAUUCGUUAUGGAGAGUGAAAAGGAGGAGAGAAGUCAAGAAGGAGAUGAAGUCAUGCAAGUAGAGUAUGUAUCCCAAUCAGGAGAGGCCACCAUAGAUGUAUCUGAGAUCAGCAACAUGGACAUGACCCAACAUGCUGCUUCCGAUACUGGAACUGAUGUUGAUGUUGAGGAUUUGACUGCUGAUGAUGCCACUGCUACAUCGAACUGUGAAUUAAAUGAAGCUGCAUCCAGUAAAGCGGUGGAUGAAGAGACAGAUGCUGAUACCUCUGGAAAUGCAGAUACAGCCAAGAAUGCAGAGAUGGAGAGAGAGACAUCUGGCAUAGAUGAUGCUGUCAGUGAUCUCUUUGAUGAAGAAACAGAAUCUGUGCUGAAAACCAUCAAGAUCUUUGAAUUCUGUGGAGAAGACUUGGUGCAAAAGGAUCAUAUUGAAUUCCAUGGGCUUGGAGCUGGGGCUUCUGAUGAGGAUGAAGAGCUAGGUUCUGGCAUCGAGAGUGAUGCAACAGAUGACUUUGAUGCAGAAAAUCCUUUUCGCUGUCGUUUCUGCAAAAAGACUUUUGGUUACAAGAGUAAUUUGGUCCGCCACGAAAAGACCCAUUCAGGGAGUAAACCAUUUAUUUGUGUGCACUGCGGUAAGGCCUUUGCCUUGCAGUCGUACCUUCAACAGCAUGAGCGUGUUCAUCGUAGUAAUAGGGAAAAACCAUUUAUUUGUUACCAAUGUGGCAAAUGCUACAGCGAUAAAUGGAUGCUAAAAAAGCAUGAGCAGUCACAUGGGGAUCAUCCUGAUGAUGGGCCUAAUGCCUAUAAAUGCCAGUAUUGUGAUCGUACCUUUGAUCGCAUUCGGAAUGUGAGGCGACAUGAGAGGACCCACACUGACACACAGGACACUACUGCCUAUCAGUGCCCAGUGUGCCACAAAUUUUUCACAUCAUUUAGUAACUUUAAGCGUCAUCAGACCACCCAUACAGAAGAGAAACCCUACAAAUGCAUGCACUGUAACAAAUCAUUUGCCUUGCUUCACUAUUUGAAACAGCACUUCAAGACUCAUGUUGAAGAUAAAGAUAAGCCCAGGCACAUGUGCUCUUAUUGUGGGAAGGUCUUUAGUGAGAAUUGGUAUCUGCGAAAACAUGAGUUGACACAUACAGACAACCCAGAAUUCAAAUGCAAGAUCUGCAACAAGGUGUUCUCUUGCAUCAGCAACUAUAAACGUCAUGCUCGAGUUCAUUCUGGGGAGAAACCGUUCGUUUGUCAGUACUGUGGACGUGCUUUCUCUGAGAGUGGAACUCUCCGUCGUCAUGAGCGUACUCACACAGGUAACAAACCAUUUAUGUGCAAGUACUGUGGACGUAGUUUUACCGUCAGUCAUGCCAUGAAACGACAUGAGAGUACACACUUUGAAGAAAAACCCUAUCGCUGUACCAUUUGUGACCGUACGUACACUGACAACAGUGCCCUUGUUCGUCAUGAGCGCACUCAUUUGGAAGAUAAGAAGGAGACUCUUGUUGCCACCGCUACUAUUGAAGAUGCCAAUGACAUAAUGCCCCUCACUCAAGUGGUUCGGAUCGUCCAGAUGUCUACUAGUCAAGAUAUCCAAGAGAUGGCAGUGGGUGCAGCAGCUCACGAUGGGCAUGUUCAGGUGUCUCAACCAGUUGAAGCUGCUGAAUAUCAGGUUAUUGAGCAAGUCUACCAAGCUUCUAGCAGUGGUCUAGCACCAGUCUCGGUACAAACUGUAUAUGAUUCAGCAGGAUUGACCCAAUAUUUAAAUUCGCAGUGAUUCAACUUAAAAUCAUUUAAAGUUACAUGAACAGUUUAGUCUGGACAUUUUUUCAGUAUAUUACCUAUAAAGGCUUAAAAGUACACCAAUGGUAUUUUUCUUCUCUUUGUUUGUUCCUAUCCAUAUGAUAUUACCAUAUAUGUAUGAUAUGAUAAUUUAUAACUUGAUAUAUUUGAUAAGUUCAUGUGUAUGGUUUUGAUCGAGCGAAGCGAGCGAGCCAAAAAUAUCCAUAUUAUAUUAUGGUAUGGAAGAAGUUUUUUAAUGUUUUUUUUUAGGGCACAUACUUGUAAUGAACUCCAUGACAAAAUGACUGUUAAUAGGUUUCCAUUUCCUAGCUGUCAAAUGUAACCCUAUUUGGUACUUCGCUGUUUAUACUUACCAAACCUAACUUGUCUUUUUACAAGCAAGUGAAGAAAAUAACAUGAACUUUUUUUUUAUUUUAGUGGUAAAGAUAAUGAUAUUUUUUGUAUACAUAUGUAGUACAUAUCAAGUUAUCUAAUAUCUCUAACUCUCUAUGCACUUCAAAAAGGACUUUGGAUAUUUUUACAAUGGCUUUUUUUAAUAAGGGCAUUUAAAGGAAAGGGAAGGUGGUGCUCACUUUUUGAUGGCAUCCAAAGCCAGUAGAAUAGGGCACCAAUGGUGAAAUGUACUUUCAGAGCUACAAAUUAGUAGGGUUGUAUCCUAUUAGUAGGAUAUUUUAAGGGAGAAAGUGACACUUAUAGGAUUUCCCCCCUAGAAAUAUGAUUUUUUUUUUUGUACUUGUGAUUAUUUUCAUAUGUAUUAAAAAAAAAAUUCAAGAAGAAAAAAAAAAAAGAAUAGACCUAUAUUUUUUUUUUUCAUAAUUAAAGUUGGCAAGUCUGUACUUUUAAUGUGACACAUGCACUUGAUCACUGCAGGCAGGACACCUUGGCAAAUUUUGUUUUCCUUCUUUCAUUGAAUAUUUGUUUGUGGGAACUUAAAGGUCAAGUCCACCCCAGGAAACAGUUGAUUUGAAUAAAUAGAGAAAAAUCAAACACAAAUAAUGCUGAAAACUUCAUAAAAAUCGGAUGUAAAAUAAGAAAAUUAUAACAUUUUAAAGUUUCGCUUAUUUUUCAUAAAACAGUUCUAUGCUCAACUCAGUGAUAUGCAAAUGAGAAGAGUCGAUGAUGUCACUCACUAUUUUGUUUUUUAUUGUUUGAAUUCUACAAUAUUUCAAUUUUUACGAUUUUGACAAUUAGGACCUCCUUGCCUGAACCACAAAUGUUAAAAAAAUGGAAUUCCAUGUGUUCAGG